CAAAGUAGGGCACCUCCUCAUUGCGACAUUUCCUUGAAUCCCGCAGUCCCGUAGUUCCCGCGGCCGCUCUUGGAAUGUCAAAACCAUGGGAACGGGUUUGCAAAUCAUUCUUAAUGGAAAUAAACGUAGCACCACAAAUCCUUUCCACAACCAUAUCUUGUUAAUUACUAUAAUAGAUCUGAUUUAUACCUAGAUUGCCUACCAAGCCGCCAAGUCUGCGAGAGCCUCAUUACAAGCUAAUCCAAUGUCAUACCCAACCUAAAUAGAUACCUAAUGUCUAUCACGAUGUCUAUUACGAUGCAUAUUUGGUUUUACCCCGUUCUGGUAGCGGUUGCUCUCUAUUUCUACAGAGCCGGGUAUAUAUUUUUUAGGAGAAGAACAAGGGUAUCGUUUGCGAAAGGAGGGGAAGCAUGCACCUACGACUCGCUUCCGCAGGCGAACAGAUGGCGCUUAGGAAUAGAUCUGCUGGUGAUGACCUUAAAGGCAUCAGAUGAGAUGCGCUUGAUGGAGUUCUUCUUGGACAACUUUCGCAGACUCGGAAAUACCUUCCGCCAAGCUGUAGGAACGAACACAUCUAUCCUCACUAUCGAGCCAGAUAACAUCGAGACCAUACUCUCAACUAAUUUCAAAGAUUGGGGUUUGGGUUUCCGACGUACCAUCUUCCAUCCGUUAUUGGGCGAAGGGAUCUUCCUCCAGGAAGGCGAUAUCUGGAAACAAUCGCGAGAUAUUCUACGCCCGCACUUCUAUCGCCGUCACUAUGAAGACCUAGACAUCUACAGACCACAUGUAGAAAAUCUUCUAGAAGCGAUUGCCAACGAUGGGACGAACGUGGUGGAUCUAGAGCCGUUAUUCUUCCGCUUGACACUCGAUGUAACAACCGAGUUCCUGUUCGGCGAGUCCGUAUGGAGCCAGCGACCAUCUUCCAGCGUCGUAGGCCACGACUUCGAAGGUGCAUUUGACCUGGCGCAAAGCAUAUCGGGCAAGAGGUUAAAGUUCCAGAAACUGUACUGGCUAGUCGACGGUAAGCGGCUGCGAAAGGCAUGCGACAUCGUACAUCGAUUCGCCGAUAACAUCAUCAAAAAGACCCUCUCAGGAACGGCCGACGACGCACCUAGCUCGAAAAAACCUCCCUUCCUAAAGGUCGUCGCGGAACACUACCCGGAGCGCGACAUGCUACGAGGCCAAGCGAUCAACAUCCUCACCGCGGGCAGAGAUUCCACCGCGACUUUCCUAUCGUGGGCCUUUUUCAACCUAGUAAGACACCCCGAAAUCAUGGAGAAACUCCGAGCAGAAGUCGCCGAGGUCGACGAGACCAUUGCCCCGCUCACGCGCGCGGACCUGCUCGGGAUGACAUUCCUGCAGAACGUCGUGAAAGAAGUCCUCCGCCUGCACCCCCCAGUCCCCCUAAUCUCACGCACCGCCCUGCGCGACACAACCCUCCCCACGGGCGGCGGCGCUGACGGCACCGCCCCCAUCGUCGUCCCGAAAGGCAUGAGCGUGCUCUACAGCGCGUACUGCAUCCACCGACGCCCCGACCUCUACGGCAUGGACGCGGAGCUCUUCCGCCCGGACCGCUGGAACGAAGAGCCCCUCCGCUCCCACGACGCGACGCAUCGCGGCUGGAGGUUUUUGCCGUUCGGGGGUGGGCCGAGGGUUUGUUUGGGGAUGGACUUUUCCCUGACCGAGGGCGCGUACGCGAUCGUGCGUAUCCUGCAGCGGUUCCCGUUGAUUCGGAUCCCGGUCGGUGAGCGCGUGCAGGUUGUUGGGCAGGAGAGGCAGGCUGUUACGAUUUCUCUGAGGCCGGCGGAGGGGUGUAGGGUUGAUUUGGGAAAGGAGUAAAAGGGGGCGGGUUAAUGGCGAUGAGGUGUAGCACGAGCUAUGAAUUCAUGAAUGGCGCGGGUUUUCUUGGGGGUAUGGUUGGUUAAAAGGUAACUAGAUGGGCGGGUUCGGUUUAGGGAUGUAGGUCUUUGAGGAACUGGUACCUACUUGAUUUACGAAGACGAUGUGUGAUUCGUAUUCGGAUUAGUUGAUGGUGUUGUGGUUUGCCAGAAUCGCAUACCCAAUGACGACUUAUUUUCAGCUAGGUCCCGGUAAAUAUUCCUUGAAAGCUGAAUUAUGGAAUGCAUCAAGUCCUACGGAUUAUAAGCUGACUGCAGGUGGCUGUAUUCCCUAAUAUUACAGCGGCCAAUAGGCCUGUAAAUUGACAGCACUCCCCGGAGAAACCGCCUUAAAAUUCUUCAGGCAGCACGUUUACAAUUAAUUGCCGUG